AUUUUAUGAAUCGUACAGCAUAAUUAAAUAUUUUGGAGCUACCUUGCCAUUUGGAACUUGAAACCAUCGUCGAAACUUUCUCUACCGAGCCGCUUUCGCGCUAAUCGUCAUUUGACAUGAUACUGUAUUUGCAUUUGUCUUAAUAGAUCUUCAUUGAACCUCGACACUUCUAACUUCCAAGGUUGAGUCUCCUCAUACGAUCUAGCCAACGAGCCUUUGUGCUCCGUGAUUGGUCCUGAAUCCUUCUUUUCUUACGGCCUUCGGUAAGACGCUCGAUGUCCUAAACAGUCCACAAUGAAGUCGAGAACGUUUGCGCCGUCUUGGGCGUUCUGCUCUGCGCUGUUGGCCCUCCCUCAACUCGCGACCUCCUUUUACCUCCCUGGUGUCGCGCCAACAUCAUACAAACAGGGCGACAAGGUUCCUCUCUAUGUAAACAGCAUCAAACCUGUGGCCGCCCAAGAUGCGCUCCUUCACUCCGUCAUGUCGUACGAUUACUAUAAUGAGAGGUUUCAGUUCUGCCAGCCCGAAGGAGGUCCCUCCUACGUAUCCGAAAGCCUAGGAAGUAUCCUGUUCGGUGACCGAAUCAUGACUUCGCCAUUCGAGCUGAAUAUGAUGAAGAACGAGACAUGCAAGAAGUUAUGUUCCGCGAAAUAUGACAUGCCUUCAGCACAUUUCGUCAACAAACGAAUCAUGCAGGGGUACGCUUUAAACUGGUUGGUGGAUGGUUUACCAGCAGGUCAACAUCUCCUUGAUGAUCUUACCGGAACGACGUUCUAUAGUCCGGGGUUUGCUAUGGGCACUAUCUCGACGACCGAUCCGGACGGCCCGACGUUCUUCAACAAUCAUUAUGAUAUUGUUAUCGAAUACCAUAAAGUGAAUGGGAAGGAGGACCAGCUGAGAGUUGUUGGUGUCAUUGUCCAACCCGCAUCGAAGGCGUACAAGGGUGAUGACCUGGAAUGCAACGACAAUCAGACACCGCCCGUGGUCCUGGUGGAGGACGCCGGUGCCGAGACCGAAGUUACCUUCACCUACAGCGUUUACUGGACUGAGUCACCAACUGCCUGGGCCACGCGAUGGGAUAAAUAUUUGCAUGUAUUUGACCCGAAGAUUCAUUGGUUCUCUCUGGUCAACUCGGCAGUCGUGGUUAUUUUCCUAACCGUCACUGUAACCUCCGUUCUAUUCAGGGCUCUGAAGAAGGAUAUCGCAAGGUACAACCGACUAGAUCAGAUCAAUCUUGAGGAUCUCUCCGGUACCUCGGCUUUAGAAGAUGGCGUACAAGAAGAUUCUGGCUGGAAACUAGUUCACGGCGAUGUUUUCCGAACUCCCUCGCAUCCUCUUCUCCUAUCAGUCUUCCUCGGCAACGGUGCUCAGCUAUUUGUUAUGACCGGCUUCACCAUCUGCUUCGCCCUGCUGGGAUUCUUGUCGCCCUCGAACCGCGGUUCUCUCGGAACAAUCAUGAUUAUCCUAUAUACCCUACUCAGUUUCGUUGGUGGCUAUGUCUCCGCAAGAGUCUACAAGUCGAUGAACGGCGAGAAGUGGAAGUUGAACAUUGGGUUGACUCCUCUUCUCGUUCCCGGGAUUGUCUUUUCGACAUUCUUCUUCCUAAACUUGUUCCUCUGGGCUAACGGGGCUGCUGGCGCUGUUCCCUUCACUACCAUGCUAGUUAUCAUCGGUAUUUGGUUCAUUAUCUCGAUCCCCCUUUCAGUUAGCGGUUCGUGGCUCGGAUUCCGCGCACCGGCUGUCGAACCCCCCGUUCGAACCAACCAGAUUCCACGACAGAUUCCUCCAUCUACGACUUACCUAAAGCCUCUCCCUAGCAUGUUGCUUGUAGGCAUUCUGCCUUUCGGCGCGAUCUUUGUCGAGCUCUAUUUUAUCAUGAGUUCGAUCUGGUUUAGCAAGAUCUACUACAUGUUCGGCUUCCUCUUCCUAUGCUACGGCCUUAUGAUUAUUACCUGCGCUGCGGUAACUGUACUUAUGGUGUAUUUCUUACUAUGCGCCGAGAACUACCAUUGGCAAUGGCGAUCCUUCCUAGCAGCCGGUAUGAGCGCCGGCUAUAUCUUCGCAAAUGCCUUGAUAUACUUGAUCAGCAAGUUAUCUCUGGGCGGUUUAUCCGGUACAGUUCUGUACAUCGGAUAUAGCGCUCUACUUUCCUUCUUAUUUUUCAUCUUGACAGGGUCUAUCGGAUUCUUUUCGAGUUGGUGGUUUACACAGAAAAUUUACGCAUCCAUCAAGAUCGACUAGGUCGCUUAAUGGGUAACGAGAGGAGGUAUGUGAGGAUGCUUCACCGUUCGAAGUAGGGGAUCCGGGGACGUAUUCGAACACUGUACUAUAUACAUGUACAAUCGGCGUCUCUUUUUUCGCACGCCGUCUUUGCGACAUACUCACAUGGGGCGAGAUGAGAUUUUGAUGAGUUGCAUAAGUGGUCUACGGGUACCAAAAGAUCCCGGCGUUUCUAGGAGGCGUUCUUCCAGGUUUAGGAGGGCUCUCACAUGUCAUGAAUAGAACGGGAGGAAAAGUCUAUGCCGGCCCUGGUGGAGCUGGGGUGGACAUCGGCUUGAUCAUCCUAAGUACUCGGAAAAUAUCAAUAAACUUCAUAAUUGCCGGAAUCGCUAUUGGGAUGCUGUAAAUGCGCGGUCGAUCGUGGUGUUACUCAGUCCUUUACGUCUUUCGGUGAUUAAUCAGGUUGAACC